UCCAGACUCCCAGAAGGAAAGCCGCUCUUCAGAUGGAUGGAAUUUCUGAAGACUCUACAAUCAGGAACCUGUGCUGUAUUAGACUGAAGAUUAAAAGUUUGAAGACUGCCAUGGAGUCCUCCAGAAGAAGGACCUGGAAUCAGGAGCCCAUAAGAAGGAUGUCCACCUACCCGACUAUUGAUGAUUUAAGCAGUGUCGAUACCAAGGAUGUUUCUGAACCAAACUUAACCAACUUAACUACUGCUUCUCAGCAAUCCAGGAAAUAUUUAGAAGCAAAAUAUGCUACUGUGAGAACAGGUAAGGGAAACGUGUUUGAGGACAAGAUUUCUGAUCAUCCAAAGGAAGAUGUGUUUGAAUGCUUUCCCACAACAUCAGGCAAAGUCCAGGGCUUUUUAAAUCCUUCCUUUCCACCACCUGAGCCUCAGCGGAAACCUUCCUCCGGGUCAUUGGAAAACUGUGGUCUUACAAAGGAAGGAGCAACAAAGCCAGCAUCUGGACAAAAGGAAAAUGGUAUUGGUAUUAUUGAACAUGCUCCGCGAGAGCAAAAAGUAAUGUCAAUUUUAUUUAUGUGCACAAAAAUAACAGAAGUGGUAAGUUAGUGAAUACCUAUGAUACUCUUUAAUCCUUAAAUGCCAUCACACACACACACAAAAAACAUUUAAAGUAUGCAGACCCAAAUAUAUUAUCCAUUUCUUUUAAAUA